GCAACCGAUACCAUAUUUGAUUUCAAGCGUCGUCAGGAUGCGAUUGAAAUGGGUAUCGCCGAAAUCAAAGCUUUAGUCGAAGAAGAGAAGGACGAGGUCUCAGAUGAACUGCUCGAAACGCAUCAAAUGGAGGUCGUGACCACAGCAUUUCAACUCACCAACUUGAAGUUACUUCAGGCAUUCAUGAGAGUAGAUGCUCAAAAAUCACAAAGCCAAAGUAAUUCUCCUUACUCAAGAAACUAUAUUGGCUCGAAAUUUCUCCGAGCACUGUUCCCCUCUCAUGGUAAAAUACUGUAAUUAGAUUAAUAUAAAUUUUGUAGAUAAAGAAUAACUUUUUUAAUUUA